AGACACACUGUUCCCAGCGUCGGUCAGAGAAGGAGAGAAAGUUCAAGUGGUGAUUUGGAAUUCUAAAAACCUGUUUUGGAAGAUACUUCAAUCGUCCCAUGGAUCCUGGGUAACUCCAAAAACCUCGAACCUCACAUUACACCUCAAGACAUUUCUCAAGACAAUGCAUACCGACGUGGCAAUACCUGUCUGCCUCAAAUGAAUUCUACCGAGUCAAUUCUCUUCAAUGCAACCGAUUCCGCCAACAUGUCCAACGCGAGCUGCAACCUCCCCUUGGACACGGACUGUUUCGGUUUAACCUGCAUCUAUGGCGUGAUCUUCUCCUUCGGCCUGCCCAGUAACCUUCUAUCCUUAUGGGGACUAUACCAUCUUGGCCGUUCGGGCGGAGGAGGCUGCCAGCUAGUCUACAUCCUUAACCUACUUUUAUCGGACUUACUUCAACUUUUAACUUUACCUCUUUGGAUUCUAUACCUGCGAGGUGGUCACCGGUGGCCGUAUGGACAGCUAACGUGCGAGCUCGUCGGCUAUGUCUUCUACGUCAACGUCUAUGCUAGCGUCAUGUUCCUCUGCUUGAUCGCGUUGGACCGUUGCCUGGCGAUUGUGUACCCGUUGAGUAGCCGGCGGGUGCGGACUGUCCGGGUUGCCGCGGCGAUGGGCAUAGCCGUGUGGAGUUUGACGUUUUUGUUCUGCCUGUGCGGGUUGCUGCCUUCUGUGUUCGACGCAGAGAGGUUGCUGUGUCUCGAGCAGUAUCCGGUGACGUCCAGAUUUGCACACUUCAUGAUUACGACUGUUGUUCUAGGAUUCAUGCUGCCGUGUGGUAUUUUGGGCUACACCUCGGCUCACAUCGGAGUCACCCUUAGACGGUCCCCUUCCAUCUCUGCUCACGAACGCCGCAAAAUUGUUGGGAUCCUGGUCGUCAUCACCAUAAACUUCAUUGUUGUGUUCGGACCGUACCAUCUCGUGGGAGGUUACCGGUUUGUGUCCCUACUCUUCACCGAUGAGCCGUGCGGGUUGGAGCGGUCCAUUUUCCUGGUCUAUCGUCUAUGCUACGGGUUGACCAGUUUGAACACGUUACUGGAUCCUCUGUUCUACAUAUUCCUGUGUGCAGACGCCAGAUUGGAGCUGCAGAGGUCGCUGUCGGGCUUGAGAAGGAGGGCGAACACAAAAAUGAAACCCGAUUCAAGAGUUCAAACCAUUUCGCAUCAGAGAAGUGUGGGACAAAAUCUUAUUCCAAUAUAGACUGUUUUUAAAAUAUCAGGAUCUAUUUUUGGGGGCAUAAACUGGACCUGCUUAAGGAGAGUAAUAUCAUUUUUUGUUAUUUUUGUUAUUAUAGAUCCAUGUUUUUAAUGGCUAAGCUUUGAAAAAACAUGAAACAAUGUAGCAACUCAUUCGUGAACCUGGUAUUAAAGUUGGUAAAGUGUUUGUUCACUGAUCCGAAAGGUCGGCAGUUCAAAUCCUGCUCUUGACAUAUCUUCAUUGGUUGAGGGGUCAGAUCUACUGGCCUAGGCAAGGCAAGGCAAGUUUAUUUGUAUAGCACAAUUCGUACACAAGGUAAUUCAAAGUGCUUUACAGAAUAAGAAAGACAUUAAAUUCACACAAAUCAAAACAUAAAUAAUCACAAAUAAUCAUCAUAAAAUUAACAUUAAAAGAGAGGAGUGCAGAAUAAAAACCUUUCAGUCGUAUGCAGAGCUAAACAGAACCGUUUUGAGCCUGGAUUUAAACAUUGUCAAAGUAGAGGCCUGUCUCACAUCUUCAGGAAGACUGUUCCAGGUUUUAGCUGCGUAAAACUUAAACGCUGAUUCCCCAUGUUUAGUCCUGACUCUGGGCACCAGCAGGAGGCCGAUCCCUGAAGUCCUCAAAUUGCGAGAUGGUUCAUAUGGCACUAACAUGUCGGCCUACAGGUUGGUGGUGCGAUUCCAGCUCCCAUAGAUGAAGAAUGUUGUUGUGUCCUUGAGAAAGACACUUAAAUCACCUUGUCCUCACUGUCUGUGUACACUCCUGUAUAAAUAUGUGUGUGAAUGGGUGAGUGGUUCCUUGAUGUAAAGAGCUUUAUAAAAAUGUGGCCAUUUACCGUGGCUCUUCUUGAAGAUACGAGCACUUACAUGUUUUCUGUGUUUUAUUGUCAUGUCAUGUUUUCAGGCAAUUAAUCUAUGUGUUGAAACAUGAAGCUAAAGUUUUGAUAUUUUUUGUAACAAUGAGUUGCACUUAAUUUAAUAGAUAUUUUUUUAAGACCAAGGUUUAGUUAUUUUCAUACCUGACAGUUUCAACUGCUCACUAGUGGUCUUCCUCAGAGUGGUCACGUGAUGUUGCUGUGUGUCCAGUCUACUGAUUUAAACAGGGUUUGGCCCUGUCUUCCUACUAGUGGAGGAAGGAUGUCCCCCAUCCCCUGCAGUCCGACUUCUUCGGAACAGUAUGCCAGGUGUGUGCGAGUAAAAAGCCCCCUCGUCCCUUUUUAAAGUCUGGUUUAAAGAAGUCAAUCUGCUUCCACUAGUAGAAAGACAGAAAGACAGUCAAAACCUGUUCAGUUGACUCGUAAUGUCAUAGCAAAAUCACGUGACCUCUCUGAGGAAAGCUGCUAGUGAGCUUUGGCAACUGUCAGGAAUGAAAACAAACUAAACCUUAGUCUGAAAAAAUAAUCUUUUAAAAUAAAUUAUCGGAAAACCAGAUGAAUUUUAUUGAACUUCUGAGUUGCACUGAUCCACUGCUUCAAAACAACAUACUAUUACUGUAUUACAUAACACAUAAAACUUGUCAUCCUCUUAAACUCCCGUCACAUCAGAUUUUCCAUAAUAAACUUUACAUACCAAC